AUUGAGAUGAAUCUCGGAGGAGCCUGUGAACGAAACCGAUGCACCUGAACUACUCCCAUUCGCCCAACUGAGUUACAAUGUCCGCUAAUUUGUGCCGUCUCAUUAUUCGUUCUUAUAAUUAGCCGAUCACUCGUCUUGAGAGUGACGAGUCCGAAUCAAUGACACGAAUUGUGCGCUGGUGACGUGAGUAGAAGCAGGAUCUGCAAAUCUUCAUAUAAGAAGCGGUACUGUCCGCCCUUUCUUCUAGAACACUCUGCAGUUAUUACUCUCGCAAACCAUCUGGAGAGUAACAACUGCACCCGAUUCCGGUUUUUGACAUCAUCUCGAAAGGGGAGAGCGGUGGCAAACACAUCACCAUGAAGCGGGCUCGUAAUAGAAAGUACUCGGCCGCAAUCACCGACGUGGCCAACUCUGUUGCCUUUCAAGAUCAUUUCAUGAGGAGAUUCUCAACUUGGACAGAGCAGCCUCUUUUUGAGACGUGGGAAUCACUAGGGAGUGGAAACUCACAUCAUCGUCGUCCUCGACGGAGAUCUGCGUUAUCAUUAGCGGAGCAUUGUGGAAUUGUAGAAGGACCUAGACCGCAAUUGACGCCAUUGGAGUGGACGAAGGUGAAGGAAUUAUCACGACAGCGCAAGGACGGUUUGAAUCCAUGCCCAAUUUGCAAGGAAAAAUUUCAGAUCAAAGAGAAGGUUCUUCUCAGCUGCUCCCACGUUUUCCACAGAGCCUGUGUGCUCAGCUUUGAGAAGUAUUCACAGGUGCAGCCCUGCUGUCCUGUUUGCCGGACUACGCAUUAUGAGAAGCUGGUGCUGAAAAAUAACUCGAUAAAAUUCAAGCAUCUCUGUGCCACCAGGAUACAAACAGCAUUCCGAGGUCACAGGACGAGAAAGGUUUACGGGCCGAAAUUCCGCUGUCCUACGGAUCCCCAAAAGCGCAGAGCGUGGUUCGCUUCCAAGUUGGAAAAUGCAGUUACACCCAUCCUGUCUCAGAUGGAAGUAGACGAAAGCGAAGUCGAUGCGUUGUGCCGAGAAGUAGAUAGCACGAUCGCGCAUGCCAAGAAGAUUUUUGAGGCAGCUGAUGCUCGAGGAGGAUCUGGGCUUCAUCAACGAAACAAUCCUUCAUCGUCCUCUCUGUCUUCUGUUGAUUGGCAUCAUGUGGUUGAAAAGGCUCUGGAACGUGGCGAGUCAGAGUGUCCGAUUUGCAUCGGAAAGCUUCUGCGAAGAGGGGCCAAACACAAGGGCCUGGCAUGGCUGAGUUGCAGUCACAUGUUCCACAUCGACUGCAUUUCGACAUUUGAGAAAUUCAACGACGACUUGAGCGAACCGAACACCAGAGCCAAGCAAUAUCUGUGUCCCGUGUGUCGAUCGAACUACAAACGCUUGGACAUGUAAACAAAACUACUCGAUUCGGUCGAUGCGGUACUCUGAGAACACCAGUUCGCUGUUCUUAAUGUCCCAACCACAACAUCUUGCAAAGCUCGAGAAGAAAUGCACACGACAUUCACACAAAUAUCAUCAACUAUCAGAUCUGAUGGCACCAUCCAUCGCCCAUCCAGAACUCCGACCUACCGCCAUCUUGGACUUCUAGCAAGAAUCAGACGCACAAUGAGCAUCAUCUGAUGACGGGGGAUCCGAUUUAAGAGCCCCGUGUUGUCAAGAAGAGCGAAUUCUCCGCCAGGUCCAUUCCUGAUGCCAUUGCGGGGAAUUGCAAUCCCUUAUUAGGACCAGAGUUGAGGAGUGAAGAGGAGAUAUCGUCGAGAACGAGAUCUCCUCGCAUUUUCUUUGCAGCAGCAGGUAGAAUCUUGUGUUGCGGGACAAAAUAAAGGAGAAUGUUCUGCUGAUCCACCAUUCAUCAUUCAUAGCCACGCUCGUGCUCUUGCUCAUCGAGCACCACCGUCUAAUAAAUUUGCGACCC